GCGAACAGGACACCCAGGGCCAGCAGGGAGCCAAUCAGAGCCUCCACGCUCAGCUCGAUGGUGGCUAUGUCCAUGGUCCACGAACAGAUUGGCCAAUUACGCUAAAUUUUCAGAAAUCAGCUGUGAAUUUGGCGUGUGGAAAAAGUUUGCCUGUGGAAAAUCAGAAGUUCAAAACGAAAAUCUCGCCAACAUGAAGGUCAUCUACAACACCCUGUUCAAGCGCACCUCCACCUACGCCGUGGCCAUCAUCGCGUCGGCCUUCUUCUUCGAGCGCGCCAUCGAUGUCACCUCGACUACGCUUUUCGAGAGCGUCAACAAAGGCAAACUCUGGAAGGACAUCAAGGGCAAAUACGAAUAAAUCAUAAUGAUUUGUUGUAAUUAGCAAUAAUAAUCAACGUUUAUUCUAAACGAAACGAAAAGUAAA